AUGGUGCCUCCUGGUGUUGCUGACAUUCUGAUAGAGGAGUAUUUGGGAGACAGUGAAGAUCCUGAGAUUCUCCUAGCACAGUUCAAGGAGAUGAUGGAAGACUUUGUAUUUGUGGCCCCUGCCUUGCAAGUAGCACAUGUUCAGAGUCCUCUUGCCCCCGUCUACUUCUAUGAGUUCCAGCAUUCACCCAGCUUCUUAAGAGAUGUCAGACCACCUCAUGUGAAGGCUGACCAUGGUGAUGAGAUUUUCUUUGUCUUUGGAUCCUCCUACUGGGGCAGCAAAUUUGACUUUACUGAGGAGGAGGAGCUGCUGAGCAGGAGGAUAAUGAAGUACUGGACCAACUUUGCAAGACAUGGGAACCCCAACAGCAUGGACCUGCCCAACUGGCCUGUGUUUAACCAGGAUGAACAGUACCUGCAGCUAGACUUCCAGCCUAAUGUGGGAUAUGCUCUGAAGGCUAACAGGAUGCAGAUGUUUACCAAGACUCUUCCCCAGAAGAUCCAGCAGCUGAAGGAUGUUGAGAAGAAGCACACAGAGCUGUAG